CUUUAUACAAUUCGCCGUUGCUUCGUAAUCUCUCUUUCUUCUUACCUUCUCCAAUUGGCUUCUCUUUCCCCACAUAUAUAUGUAAGAGAACCCAGUUUGGUAGCUUUGUGAUUUGUGCUGUCCGGUGGCUUUGAGCAAGACACAAUGGCUUUCACGAACGUCUCUUCUCCUUCAACAGCAGCUCUCUCUCGCCUGCAGGUAUGCAAAAACUUCAAAUUGUUCAAUGGCUCACACAGUGUGAAUCCCUCUCUGGCAAAAGGGUAUGCUUCCGAUUUGCCCUUGAUCCAGCUGGGUGGCAAAUUGUCCGUAAGUAUUAAGGGUGUUGGUAGAACUAGAGCUACAGUGAUAUCUGGAGAAGGUGACCUUCUGUCUUAUGCCAAUGAAAAUAAUGUUGAGGAAAAUAGCACUCUCAUUGGUGAUCAAUCUGUUGGAAUUGAGAUACAACCUGAUGCAGUCUCAUUCAGAACACUUGCAGCAGAUACCACUCCUAUGAGUAUUCGUUUUCCCAUUGAUAAUGAUGAAUUUGAUUUGGAUCACCCUACUGAAGGUUUUUCUUCCAUCCCAGAGGCCAUAGAGGAUAUUCGCCAAGGAAAGUUUGUAGUGGUUGUGGAUGAUGAGGACAGAGAAAAUGAAGGAGAUUUAAUUAUGGCUGCACAAUUGGCAACACCUGAAGCUAUGGCUUUUAUAGUGAAGCACGGAACUGGAAUAGUGUGCGUCAGCAUGAAAGGGGAAGAUCUGGAGAGGUUACAAAUCCCUUUGAUGGUAACCCAGAAGGAUAAUGAUGAGAAACUUUCUACUGCUUUCACAGUGACAGUGGAUGCCAAACAUGGUACAACCACAGGGGUAUCAGCUCGUGAUAGGGCAACAACAGUAUUGGCUCUUGCAUCCAGAGAUUCAAAACCUGAUGAUUUCAACCGCCCAGGCCAUAUUUUUCCACUGAAAUACAGAGAAGGUGGUGUUUUGAAAAGAGCUGGGCAUACAGAAGCUUCUGUUGAUCUUACCAUGCUUGCUGGGUUUGACCCUGUUGGAAUUCUAUGUGAGGUUGUGGAUGAUGAUGGUUCCAUGGCUAGAUUACCAAAGCUUCGCCAAUUUGCAGAGCAGGAGAAUUUGAAAAUUAUAUCUAUUGCUGAUUUGAUUAGGUAUAGAAGGAAGAGAGAUAAGUUAGUAGAUCGCUCUGCUGCUGCCAGGAUACCUACAAUGUGGGGGCCAUUUACAGCCUACUGUUAUAGAUCAAUCAUAGAUGGGAUUGAGCAUAUUGCAAUGGUUAAGGGUGAUAUUGGGGAUGGGCAAGAUGUUCUUGUGAGAGUGCACUCAGAAUGUCUCACAGGAGAUAUAUUUGGAUCGGCCAGAUGCGACUGUGGGAAUCAGUUGGCACUUGCCAUGCAGCAGAUUGAGGCUGCUGGCAGGGGUGUCCUGGUGUACCUCCGUGGACAUGAAGGGAGGGGCAUUGGUUUGGGCCACAAGCUUCGUGCUUAUAAUCUACAGGAUGAUGGGCGCGAUACGGUAGAAGCUAACGAGGAGUUGGGAUUGCCUGUUGACUCCCGAGAAUACGGAAUUGGUGCUCAGAUGCUUAGGGAAUUGGGUGUUCGAACAAUGAAGCUGAUGACAAACAACCCUGCCAAGUAUAUCGGGCUUAAGGGUUACGGUUUGGCGGUUUCAGGCAGGGUCCCGUUAAUAACUCCGAUUACCAAGGAUAACAAGAGAUAUUUGGAGACGAAGCGCGCUAAAAUGGGACAUGUCUAUGGGUUAGAAUUUAACAGCCGCUUAAGCAGCCUUAUGAGUGGCAAUGGUAAGCCUAGUGCUGAUGCUCUAUCUGAGACAUAACUCAGGCUGCCUGCCUCUUUUGGAUAAGGAUUCAGGCCGCCCGCCCGCCCUCUACCGGUCCGUCGAUUGUUCGUGCAGCAGAAAUAGGAAUUUUAGUCUCACGUAAAUUAUUUCUGAGUACAACACUUCUGGCUUUGACAAAGGUGGUAUUAACAUUCAUUCCAAUGAAUUAAUGAGAUACAAUUCAUUAUGAUUGCUAUA